CGUAUUUUGAAAUUCAACGACCCUGUAAAGAGAAAGUGUUUAAAUGGGUGAGCCUGAACGCCACAAACUUUAAAUUUACGUGGGCAUGGCUGAGCAGAGAGAAAACGCAUUUCAAAAGCAAGAAGUUAAAGGAAAGAACGGCGGAAGGUAUUACAAGAGCAUAGGUCUUGGCUACAAAACUCCAAAAGAGGCUAUAUUCGGUAAUUACAUUGACAAGAAGUGUCCCUUCACUGGAAAUGUACGUAUCCGUGGUCGAAUCCUCACAGGUGUUGUGCGUAAAAUGAAGAUGAACCGGACUAUUGUUAUUCGUCGUGACUACCUCAAGUACGUGAAAAAGUACAACCGAUAUGAGAAGCGACAUAAGAAUAUGUCUGUACAUAUAUCUCCUUGCUUCAGAGAUGUGGAUAUUGGAGAUGUCGUAACUGUUGGUGAGUGUAGACCCCUGAGUAAAACAGUAUCAUUCAAUGUCAUCAAAGUUUCGAAAGCCGCUGGUUCAAAGUACAAAAAGGCAUUCCAAAAGUUUUAAUGUCUGAAAUAAACGUAUAGGUUUACCGCAGAUCUUGGUUCUCCUUUCGUUUCUAGUGGAACUGACUAACUUGUUUUGAGAUGUAACCUUUCAGUUUCGUUUAUUAUAUAUAAGCGUCAUUAUAAGUUUCGAAAGAAUUGACCUUCCUGUAAACCAACUAAAAAGUCUACUGUCCUGAGCAUUUCGUAACGGUAACAAUAGUAGCUUAAUACGUUUCUGCAAUAAUCUCCAUUUAUAUAUCCCCUUAAACUUUUACCUAUUUUUAGCAUUAGUCCUGUAUUCGUAUUCACAUGUAGUUACCGAUAUAUACACCAGCUACUUUUUC